AUUCACACACGUUGCACUGAACCCACCCAAGUUUACUGAGGUCGGAGAGGAAAUAGAAGAGAGGCUGCCGGGACCUGUUGUGCCUGGUUGAGCCGGGCAGCUGACACACCUGAGUGAGCUUCACUGGAGAAUGUAGCUGCAGCCCUCCAGCCGACCCACAGGAAACACGCCACCAUGGGAGAAGCUCAAAAGGGCUUACUCUCUGUCAUUGAGAAGCUGAAGGGAUCCACUGAGCGGGAGGUCAGGAUAGUGCUCCUGGGCCUGGACAACGCCGGCAAGACCACCCUGCUGAAGAGCCUCGCCUCUGAGGACGUGAACACCAUCACACCAACGCAGGGCUUCAACAUAAAGAGCGUCGCCUCUCAUGGGAUGAAACUCAACGUUUGGGACAUCGGAGGACAGAGGAAGAUCAGGCCGUUCUGGAAAAAGUAUCUGGAAAACACAGACCUGUUGAUUUAUGUUAUUGACAGCGCAGACAAGAAGCGGUUUGAAGAGACAGGCCUGGAGCUGUCUGAGCUCACUGAGGAGGAGAAUCUAAAGGGCGUUCCAGUGCUCAUCUUUGCCAACAAGCAGGAUCUGGCCACAGCAUCGCCGGCCAGCGAGAUCGCAGAGGGACUCAACCUGCACACGUACCGGGACCGUGAGUGGCAGAUCCAGGCCUGCUCUGCUGUGUCCGGGGAGGGAGUUCAGGAUGGCAUGAACUGGAUUUGCAACAACAUCAUAAACAAGAAGAAGUGAACCAGCGAUGACACUGACCGGAGUCAAACCAAGCAUCUCAUCUCAUAAGGGAUUAAAGAAACUUCACUUCAUUAAAAAAAUCAAUGCACCUAUUACAGAUCCUGCUCCGCUCACAGAUCUGAACGAUGACAUUGUUUUUACAAUUUGUGUCAUUUUUAUGAAAAUAUUGUGAAUGUAGCUCAUUUAAAUGUAAUAUUUCUAGCCAAGAUAAGUGAAUGAAGAUCUAACUAAUCAUUGUUCAGCCCUAAACAUGUAGUGUUUGUUCCCUUUAUCCCAAUGAUCCUUGUCUGGUGAAUCUGUGUGCUUUCUUAA